GGCUGGACCACUUUCCGGUUGACGACAACGGCCCGACCGCGUCCUUCGGUGCCGGCCUUCCUCGAGUGCGGAGCUUCCCGGGCUCUCCCCGUCACCGGUUCAAGUUUCGCGUGUGCCCGUCCCGGUUGGCGCCCUUCACCCGAGGAUCAUGUUCAAGAAAUUUGACGAAAAGGAAGAUGUAUCCAACUGUAUCCAGCUGAAGACGUCGGUUAUUAAGGGUAUCAAGAGCCAACUGACCGAGCAGUUUCCAGGUAUUGAGCCGUGGCUUAAUCAAAUCAUGCCCAAGAAAGAUCCCGUUAAGAUAGUCCGGUGCCAUGAACAUACGGAAAUCCUUACGGUAAAUGGAGAGUUGCUGUUUUUCAGACAAAGAAAGGGACCUUUUUAUCCAACCCUCAGGUUACUUCACAAAUACCCUUUUAUCCUGCCACAUCAGCAAGUUGAUAAAGGAGCCAUCAAAUUCGUGCUCAGUGGCGCAAAUAUCAUGUGUCCGGGUUUAACUUCUCGUGGAGCGAAGCUUUACCCUGCUGCAGUAGAUACCAUUGUGGCGGUCAUGGCAGAAGGAAAGCAGCACGCUCUGUGUGUCGGAGUCAUGAAGAUGGCUGCAGAGGACAUUGAGAAGGUCAACAAAGGAAUUGGCAUUGAAAAUAUCCAUUAUUUAAAUGAUGGUCUAUGGCACAUGAAGACAUAUAAGUGAGCCGUAGAAGGAAUGUACUUGGGUUAAAUAUAGAUAAUUGUGUUUGUAUACGUGUUUGUGUCUGUGUGUGACAGCAUGAAAACAGUGCCUCUGUAGUUAUGCUGAAUAAACUCAACAUACGCCUUUAAAAAAAAAAAAAAAACACCCAGGGUCCUGCUACCACAGCAGAGAAUUGAAAUUGGGGGAAAAUUGUAGUUAUCUGCUAUACUCUGGAAUCAGACUGGAGUGGCUACUGCUCUGUGAACCUGGGCAGCCUCCAUCGUUUCUCCUGGCUUACUUGUUAGAAAGCUUAGAAUCAUCAAGAAUGGGUCAAACAUCAGGAUGCGUGCCACAGGGGUCCCCACAAGACCAACCUCAGGCCUGUUCCUGCCUUUUUUUCCUAGGCUUGUGUCACUACCCUCUUCUUCCUCUUCUAUUGAACAAGAAUUGCCAGCAACCUUCAAUUCCUUUAGUGGCAAAAAGAUUCCAGAAAGAACUAGGACCUUGUUAAAGACCUGAGUUCAAUGUGCCAGGCACUGUGCUGAGGGCAUUAUAAGGACCUUCACUUCCCCUAGCAGCUCUGUGAGGGAGGUGCUGUUGCCGUUCUGACAAAUGAGAAAACUGUAACUCAGAGAGGGAACUGUCUCCCCCAGAGUCUCCCAGCUAAAAGCGGCAGAGCCUAUAUUUCCAAUACUAGGGACCGCCUUCUUCUGACUCUCAAUUUUCUCUGGAUCUCAGUUCCCUCUUCUAAAAAAUUAGAGGGGUUGGGAUAGCUCUGAUGGGCUCUUCCCAUCCUAAUACCCCCACCAAACUGGAGAAAUCAAGGCUGAACCCCUGGGCCUCUGGGCUUCUGACCAUGACCAUAGACAUGCCCUCCUCUAUCCGGGGGCUGACAGGUGGGAGGGACAGCUCCACACUGGGGAGUGAACUUACCCAGCCUCUCU